UAUAAAUUGGAUCGUGGUUGUAAGGACAACUCCACCCCAGUGUGAAGGGCGGUGUGGCAUGCCGUCAGACAUCAUGCAAGAAAGCCCGAGCAGUGCCCCUGUUUCUCCGGCGGACAGUCUAGCGAGCAGCGAGGAGGAGGCGGACAGACAGCAGAAGAGGUACGACAUCAAGAGGAGGUACAGCAAAAAAUCCAGCGAGGACGGGAGCCCGAACCCCGGCAAAAGAAACAAAAAGUCCAGCCCAAGCUCGCAGUCUUACGAGGAGCUGCAGAAUCAGCGGAUCCUGGCCAACGUGAGGGAGCGCCAGAGGACUCAGUCUCUCAACGAGGCGUUCUCGUCGCUCAGGAAAAUCAUCCCCACCCUGCCGUCCGACAAACUCAGCAAAAUCCAGACCCUCAAGCUGGCCGCCAGGUACAUCGACUUCCUCUACCAGGUCUUGCAGAGCGACGAAAUGGACCAAAAAAUGUCCAGCUGUAGCUAUGUGGCCCACGAGAGACUGAGUUACGCGUUCUCGGUGUGGAGGAUGGAAGGAGCCUGGUCAAUGUCGGCCACCCACUAGCGCCCAAACCGGCUGUUAAAAAGGUUGCUGGAAUCGACGGAGGGAGCUGGUGUUGAGUGGGAUUUCUCUUCCCACAGACGGCCACACUGAAAUAUCGGCCACGUCUCAGCAGAUACUCGCUUUGAACUCUCAAAGAGUCCUUCCAGACUGAGCAAUGAACUAAAGUUUCUAACUACGUGACAACAACAAGCAGUGAUUUUUAAAGAUGUGAAAUAUCGUCGUUUAGUAUGGAAAGAGUGUGCUGGCAAUCGGAUGAAUCUGCAUUCAGGAAGGACAUCGUUCACACUAGACACGUUUGGGAUCCUUCUGUACAUUUUAUGCUUUAGAAUAAACAUAGUCGGUCGCUGAGGUUUAUCAUGGAGAUAAUUUAGAGAGAGAAAAAAUACUGAAGCGCAUACAAUGGGACCAAAGCAGAUCAAGAAAAGCAAACGUAAAAUAUCAGCACCUGUGGUACUGCAUGUUCGCCCCGAGUAAACCUGGAAUUAGCAAAGCUUCACAUUAUUGCUGUUUUUUCUAUCGCGUGUAAAUCUUGCUAGUUUAUUUAUUAAAGUUUUACCACCUAUUGAGUGUACGAGGCAGUUGUAUGGUAAAAAUUGUUCUGGAGAUUCAGAAUUAGUCCUCUUUAAUCGUUUCUGUGGGAAGGGGUUGCAUG